AUGUCGGCCAAACAUCUUCAGCACUUCAAAUGUGUCGACGAAGACAUAGUGAUCAGUGGUAUGUCCGGCCGGUUCCCUGAGUCCGACUCGACCGAUGAAUUUGCCGAAAAUCUAUAUAACAAAGUGGAUAUGAUUACACUGGAUAACCGACGCUGGAAUCCAGAUUUAUAUGGAAUGUGUGGCCGAAUGGGAAAACUCAAAGAAAUUGACAAAUUUGAUGGCAUUUUCUUCGGUAUUAUGAACACAAUGGGCGACACAAUAGACCCGCAGUCAAGGAUCCUAUUGGAGACCACAUAUGAGGCUAUUGUUGACGCAGGUAUAAAUCCUCAGACACUUCGGGGCUCCGACACCGGUGUCUAUAUUGGGUACUCAUCUUUUGGUAUGCCCGACGGUAUCCCAGAGGAGACACAGCCCGACUCACAAAACUCAAUGGCCGAGAUAUUGUUGUGGGUUCCGGGAAACUCCAAGUGCCUGUAUGCCAAUCGGGUCUCAUUUGUACUCGACUUUAAAGGACCCUCACUGGUCAUAGACACAGCCUGUUCCUCAUCAAUGGUGGCUUUCAAUGUGGCUAUGAAUGACUUGCGAUUAGGCAAGUGUCGUCAGGCAAUAGUUGGCGGAACUAAUAUAGAUCUGCAGCCCUUCACAAACCAUAUUUUUCAGUCGACUCGACUCAACUCGAAGGACGGCAUACCAAAAGUAUGGGACGAAACCGCCGAUGGCUUUGCCAGAGGAGAGUGUGUUUCGUGUCUUUUUCUGCAACGAAAAUCUGAUUCAAAACGUAUAUACGCCACUGUCUUGAACAGUGGUGUCAACAUUGAUGGCAACAAACGUAUGGGAAUGUUCUUCCCGUCCUCCGAGAGUCAGGAGGAGCUCAUGAUUCAGGUCUACAAAGAGGCAAACAUUGAUCCAUUGGAUAUUAAUUAUUUUGAAGCUCACGCCACCGGUACUAAGGUCGGUGAUCCACAAGAAGCCCGAGCCAUUUACAAUGCCUACUGUGGUAAACCUAAACGUCAGGGAACUCUACCUAUUGGUCUGUUAAAGAGUAACAUCGGUCACGCGGAGGGCGCCUCCGGUGUGUCAUCUAUUGUAAAACUAUUGCUCGCCUAUGAAAAAGAAUGUAUUCCUUCAUGUCUUCAUCUAAAUAAUAUUAAGCAAAAUAUUAAAGAUUUUUGUCCGCCAUUGGUGCCCGUAAAUGGAGAUAAUCUUAAAUAUACUCCCGGCAUCGCUGGUGUUAAUAACUUUGGUGUGGGUGGUGUUAACGCACAUGCAUUGCUUGAACCCAACUAUAAAUUACUUGAUGAGGACAGUCUCAAGAUUGCGGAUAUCAUUCCCCGUAUUGUCAAUGUUUGCGCCCGAACUCAGGAGUCGCUAAACCAAAUGUUUGACUUCUUUGAGAAGAAUCCGCACAAAAUAACCCGCGAUUUUUUAGCACUCAUUGCCGACACAAUGAAAACUAAGCCGUCAUUAAACUCAGCCGGACUUCCCUAUAGAGGUUCAAUAAUAAUAAAGGAAGUGAAGGGCGAUAACAAUGAGAAACAUUAUGAGUACAAAAAGCAGUCAUCACUGUUGGCGUUGAAAACCCAACGACCCGUUUGGUUUCUGUUCCCCGGUCUCGGCGGCCAAUGGGCGGGAAUGGCGCGGGCAUUGAUGCCCAUCAAACUGUUUGCCGAACGAAUCGAUGAGUUCCACGAAAUACUCAAACCCUUUGAUAUUGACCUCAAAUAUUUGCUUCUGUCUGACGACUCGUCAUCGAUGCUAACAAUGACUAACAAGUUUUGCGCCACAACUGCCAUCGAGUUAGCACUGUUUGAUCUGAUGACCUCACUGGGCGUUGUGCCCGACGGUAUUAUUGGCCACUCGUUUGGCGAGAUUGCCUGCGCUUAUGCGGACGGCUGUUUGACUGCAAGCGAGGCACUUAUGGUCACAUAUAUUAGAGGUGUGGUCACUGAAAGCGACAAAAAGAUACCGAAAGGUUUGAUGGCUGUGGUCGGUAUGUCUUGGAAUGAAGCGAAAAAGAUAUGUCCAAAUGGUGUUAGUGUUGUCUGCAAUAAUGCAAAAGACACUGUUGUCAUGUCUGGUUUGUACGACGAAAUGAAAAAACUGAUUGAAGGGCUCAACAAAAAGGGUGUAUUUGUUAGGGAACUGCAGAGUCACGACAUUCCCUAUCACAGCGAAUAUCUGAUAACAUCGGCUAAGAGAAUGACCGAUGAAAUCAAGAAAUAUUUGCCGGAACCGCGACUUAGAUCGAGAAAAUGGAUUUCGACGGCACUGUUGGACACUGAAUGCGAGGAUGCAUUGCGUUACGCAUCAGCCGAGUAUUUUGUCCAUAACCUCAUUAGUCCCGUAUAUUUCUACAAUAAGCUAAAGAAUUUACAAACAGACGCCAUAGUGAUUGAGAUCGGACCGCACGCACUGUUCUCGAAGAUAAUUACACAAACUCUUGAGGGCGCGACCUGUUUGGCGCUCAUCAAGAAAGACGCGAAUGAAACCAAUUUGGAAAUGUAUUUGACUUCAUUGGCCAAACUAUAUGAACUCGGCCUCAAUCCGAGUAUCGAAAAUCUUUACCCGAAAGUUGAGUGGCCAGUGGCCAGAGGAACUCAAUCUGUUAGUUCGCUCCUACAAUGGGAUCACAAACAAACAUACUUUGUACGCAAGUUUCCCGACUAUCACUUUCGGGCCACGGCUUCGGACAUGAAUGAAGUGAUCGAUUUGCAGCGCUCUAUCAAAUCAUUUUAUCCGGACCAUAGUAUUGACGGAAAUAUGAUAUUCCCGGCCACCGGUUACAUGAUGUUGGCCUGGCGCCAAAUGGCCGCCUUUCAUGGCAAGAUCUGGAAUCAAAUACCCGUAGUCUUCGAGGACGUCCAGUUCAGGCGUCCAGUGUUCUUGUCGGAGACGGACGUCACACGAAUGAAAGUUCGGUACUUUCAAAAUUCGGGCGAAUUCGUGAUCUUAGAGAACGGUAACGUCACGUGUUUGGGCCGAAUCCGUACGCCCGACGACUACACACUAAGCGUACAAAACGUUUUGCUCGAACAGGACGUCAAAGGCGACUAUGAAGUGGUCUUAGAGGGCAAAGACAUCUACAAAGACCUGCAUAUUCUCGGCUAUGAUUACGGACCUAAAUUCCAAGGCUUGAAGUCUAUUAAGACUAAUAACUUUGAGAUAUUACACGGACAGGUACUCUGGGAGGGCAAUUGGGUAACACUCAUGGAUUCACUGCUCCAGACAAUGGCAGCCGCCAUGCCUUUCCGUAAGAUGAUGGUACCGGUGAUGAUCAAACAGUUGCGCUGCGAUCCCAAAGUGCUGUACGAAGCGGUAGCCAAUUAUAAGAUGUCUGAUGAAAGACUUGAGUUGGACGAAGAAAAAGCGUUUGACGAUGUUUUGCAAAAACAAAAUGAAGACGUCGAAGAAAUUCUUGACGCCAACAAUAUCGACAACAUUGAAGAACUUAUCGGACAAGACUUCUAUAUAUAUAAGUCUCUUCUGCCGUUUCACGUGGACAUGAAUUCUCGUAUGAUUGUUGCGCCCGGUAUUGAAGUGGAAGACUUAAUGGCAUUGCCUAUACCGAGGAAGACCAAUGUAGCCGACUUGAAGCUCGAGUCGUAUCAAUUCAUUCCUAAUAAUCAAAGCGAUGCCAUCGAGGAAUGCGACAAAACACUUAUUAAUGAAUAUCUGAAGGUAUGUUCAACAAUGACUGCAAAAGCUCAACACUUGUUCAAAACGGACAGUCCGUACGUACAGAACCAGAAAGAUGAGGAUUUGAUUACCAACUAUCUUAAAGAUAUGAAAGACAACUACGUAUUGCUUAAGACUAUCAGUGAUUUGGUGAAACACACAAGCGAUGAGAAUCAAAAUCCAAAAAAUGAUUUUCAGAUGGAUUCCGUUCGCAAGUAUUUGUCGGAACUCAAGAAUAAACCGGAGUACGACCUGUCACUCGAUGUCAUAAAUCAAGUCUCACGAAAUGAACAUUUAAUACGAUCUCUUUUAGACAUUGUUAGUGAGUGUAAUGUUCCCAAAAAAGAGAUUAAAGUAUUGGAAAUCAAUUUAACGAACGGCUUGUUAGCCGAAGAAGUGGACAAUCACUUGGCUUCGUGUCAUAUCUACCCAAUUGAUGUCAGCUAUAAUGUUGCGGUCAAGUCGACGGCCACAUUACCCGACACAUACAGCCAAAAGGCAUUCAAAAUCAAUGAAUGGGAUUACAAGAAGACAAGUUUCCCAUCAGAUGUGACACUACCUAAUCUGGUCGUACAUUACGACUCUUCAGAUCUAUGGGAUCUAAAUCUUGAAGGUUUUGUUCAAGACAUCUAUGAUGCAGUCGUAUGCAAAGGAUUCUUGCUAUCGGUUUUCCGUUACAAGUAUACGGAACCCGAACUGGCGCUUAACAGUCUGACCAAUACGGGUGGCCUCACAAAUGCACAACUGGAACAGCGCAUCGCCAACUUUAUGGCCGCCGCAGAAAAAAUCGGUUUUGUAGUCAUCGGUCGCAAAACCGACGAUAUUGGUUCGAUGGCCGUACUAUUCCGCCGUAUUGUGACCAAACUGACGACAAUUCCCGAAAAUAGAAACGUUUUUGAGAUUAACGAUAAACACAGUGAUUGGUUUGAAAGUGUCAAACAGAGACUUCUGCUCAAACGCGACGAUGAGAAGGAUGACCAGCAUCUAUGGCUUAUCGCCAGUAAUACCGCAUACAAUGGUAUCGUUGGUCUCGUCAAUUGUCUGCGUCUGGAACCGGGUGGUGACAGUAUUCGACUUAUUUACGACUUUGACAAUCAGUUGAAGUUACCGAUUGAUUUCAAGGCCUCGCCUUUCCAUGAGAUACUUACCAACGAUGUUGUGGUAAAUGUGCUCAAAGACGGCCAAUUGGGUACAUUUAGACACUUGACACUCGCCCGCGACUAUGAUAAGGUGGAGACUAACGACUAUUUCUUGAAUAUCGGACAAAACAGGGAUCUCGGAAGUCUUCAAUGGUUCGACUCUAAGAAUUUGGUCCCCAAAGAGACCUAUUAUGACAUCAAUAACCGAAAGUGUCAACAAAUCAGAUGUAAUAUUUAUAGCUCAGGUCUCAACUUUAGGGACGUUAUGUUGGCUACAGGUCGUAUUGUUUCGGGUCCUCAAAGUCUUUUUACAGACUGUUUGUUGGGCUUUGAGUUUGCCGGUCGUCGCACUGAUGACGGCACCCGUGUUUGCGGCUUUGAUUUAAGCCGAUGUUUUGCCACAUAUGUGGACGCUAUUGAGGACUUCAUAUCGCCCAUACCUGAUCACUGGUCAAUGGAUGACGCGAUUACUAUAUUGAGUACAUAUAGUACCGUAUGGUAUGGACUCAUCGAAAGGGCCCAAUUGAAGAAAUAUGAGAGUAUACUUAUUCAUUCAGCUGCUGGUGGUGUGGGUCAGGCAGCUAUCAUUGUCUGCCAGUACUAUAAAGCAGAUAUCUAUGUGACAGUCGGUACCGAAGAUAAGAAAAAGUUUUUAAUGUCUGAAUAUGGUAUUCCAGAGGAACGCAUAUUUAGCUCCCGAGACACUCAAUUUAAGUUCAAAAUUAAGUCUCUGACUAAAGGAAAAGGUGUAGAUUUGGUACUUAAUUCACUGGCCGGCGAUAAACUGGACGCCAGUUACGAGUGUAUUGCCGAUUGCGGUCGUUUUGUUGAGAUCGGCAAAUAUGAUCUCCAAAUGAACAAACAGUUGGGAAUGUUUUCAUUCUUGAGGGACAUCUCGUUCAUUGGUGUGUCAGUCGACAGACGACUGUUUUUGGUGCCCGGCUUUGCCCAACAGUUCUUCGAUUGGAUGCACGCAAACUCAACCAAUGGUAUGAUUAAACCAAUCAAUAGAACUGUUUUCAAAGCCGAAGAAGCGGAGAAAGCUUUCCGAUAUAUGACAACCGGUAAACACAUGGGAAAGAUUAUCAUCAAAGUUAGAGAAGAGGAAGAAGUUAAGGGCAAACACAUGGAAUUUAAUCCAACUCUGACACUGAUGGCCACAUCGAAGACUUACUUUGACGGCCACAAAGUUUAUAUAAUAACCGGUGGUUUAGGCGGUUUCGGUCUGGAAAUGCUUCAUUGGAUGAUAUUCCUCGGCGCUCGUAAUUUUGUGCUCACCUCACGAUUUGGUGUCCGUAAUAAAUACCAAAAGUUUAUUUUGGAUCGCUUGGAGUCAUUGGGCAUCAAGUUUGCAAUGUUUAAGCCACGAAUCGUUGUCUCCACUCACGAUACUAACACCAUGAAUGGUACCCGAGCUCUAUUCACCGAAGCCGAGCAAUUGGGACCAAUUGGCGGUAUUUUCCAUUUGUCUGUUCUUCUUAACGAUUGUCUCGUCGAAAACCAUACAUUCGACAAAUUCCAGGAAACAAUCGACUCGAAGAGUACCAGUUUUGUCAACUUUGAUCGCAUGUCGAGAGAUAUGAAACUCAAUUUAGACUAUUUUGUGGUCUUCUCAUCUGUCAGUUGUGGUAAAGGUAACGCCGGUCAGGCCAACUAUGGUUACGCCAAUUCUAUAUGCGAACGCAUUUGCGAACAAAGACGUCGCGAUGGUCUUCACGGUCUGGCUAUACAAUGGGGACCUAUUGGUGAUGUAGGAGUUAUGACAGACACUCAAAUAAAUAGUUCGUUGUCGGGAAUCGUCAAACAGAGAAUCAACUCUUGUCUGGAAAUUUUGGAUAAAUUCCUUCAGACGUCACAUGCAGUUGUUUCGUGUGUUGUUAGAGCCGAACGUUCAACAAUGGCCGGAACCAAAGAGGCCAAAAUUGUGCACCAGAUCUGGCAGGCGCUGGGUAUCGACCCUAAGACUACACCCGAUCACUUGACAUUGGGUGAGAUCGGUAUGGAGUCUAUGUUUGCAGUGGAACUACAACAGGGAUUAGAAAGAGAUUACGACAUUAAAGUAUCAUUAAGUGAUAUCAAGAAUAUUACAAUAGGAAUGAUGAAGGAGUUUGAAAAGGGAAAGGUAGAUGAAAUGAAGACUUUUGCUGAAGAGAUCAAGAAUUGUCGAACAAAACUAUGCAAAGUUAAGUUUGUGAUCCCCGCCGACGCUUACGUCAAGUUAAACAGUGUAACCACUGGUAAACCCAUUUACUUUUUGCCACCACUGGAGGGCAUAUUUGCAUCGCUCGAAGGUUUGGCAGAAAAGAUUGACAGACCAGUCAUUGGUCUCAAUUGGGUUAAAGAGAUGGAGAAAAUGGGUUCACUUAAAGAGAUCAGUAGAUACUAUACUAAUUUGAUGAAGGUUUUGGAGCCUAAAGGAGAUUAUGAUAUUUUGGGCCACUUUUAUGGUGCACUCAUUGCUAUGAAAAUGUUAAAGAAAGCACCGAUAGGUAAAUGUGUUAUCAUUGAUAUGCUUUCGGAAAUCAAAUUGGAUGAAGAGAUAACAAAUGAUUAUUUAAUUGAAUUGAUGUUGAAGUUUAUCACAAAAGACAUGCCUGUCGUUAUUAAGGCUAAGUUCAAGCGUGAUGUUGACACUAAACCAGACAUACCCUCUAAGUUGGACAAAAUGGCGUCCGAAUUAAAAGAGUUUUGYGGUAAAAGUCUUGUGAGUCGAGACUUGGAUGAGAUUUUGAUGAAUUCAUUCAAACGCGCAAAACUGUUCACAACAUAUCGGGUUAAUAUGAAGAAUAAACAAAAGAAACUUAAAUAUAACAUCGGAUCCAAGUUCUUGAAAAUGACUGGAAAGCUGUUGAUAUUAAAACCAUUUGAUUUUACUGAAGAAAAUGCUGACGAAGUGGUCAGCGAUAAGAUAAGAAACGCUUAUUUUCUGCCCGAUUCGGGAUUGGAAGGAAAACUUAACUUUGAGACCGUUGAGGGCACGGGUGAAGACAUCCAUUCGUUGAAUGCCGUCGAGAGGUUGUCGGRUGCUAUCAAUCAAUAUCUUUCUAAAAAAUAA